AUGGAAAUAGUGAUUCAAUUAAAAAAUUUAGUGAUGUGUAAAAAAGGUGUAAGAUAUUUACCAUUUCGUUUUUUCAAAGAUACACCAACAGAAACACAAGAAACACAAGAAAGAACAACCCCAAACUUUAUUCCUUCAAACAUUGCCUCUAAUGAUAGCAGAAAUAACAAUCUCAAUAAUAAUAAUAGUAACCAAUCAUUAGAGUCAGAUACAUUGGUACUAGAAAUUCUAAGAAGGGAUAAAGAACAAACUGAAAGAGAGAAAGCAAACAAAGCUCUCAGAAAAGAAGUAUUAGAUUUUGAAAGAGAAAUCAGAGAAUCUGAACGUUCAGAAAGAUUAGUUAGAGAAAGACAAGAAAGAGAACGUUUAGAAGCUUUUGAAAGAGAAAGAAUAAUAAGAGAGCAACAAGAAUGGGAACGUACCCAAUAUUUAUUAAGAAUUGAAAGAGAGCAUCAAGAAAGGGUACGUCUAGAAACUUUAGAGAGAGAAAGAAUAGAAAGAGAGAGAAUAGAAAGGGAGAGAGAAGAAAGAGAAAGAAUAGAAAGGGAAAGAGUUGCAAGAGAGCAACAAGAAAGGGAACGUGCCCAAACUUUAUUAAGAGAAAGGGUACGUAGUGAAGCAUUAGAAAGAGAAAGAUCACAAAGAGUUGCAAGAGAGCAACAACAAUUGUAUUUGGAAGAAGCCCGUGAAUAUCAUCGUUACCUAAAUUCAUUAAAUGAAAGAUUAGAUGUAUUACUUCAACAAAGGGCCAAUAGAAGAAAUUCAGAAAGAUAA